UUUUGUUCUAAAACCCGCUAAUUUCCGAAGUGAAGUGUUGGGGGGGGGAUGGUUCUCAGAGCUUCAGGAACGCGAACCCAGAGACUUUCCCCAUGCUGAAUCUGGCGCUGUGAAUGUCCAGGCUCAGUUGUGCCGGGACGCUCUGGAAGGGGCGGGGUGGUUUGGGCUGGCGGCUAAAUUACAGGCCCGGGAAUUCAACUGUUUGUAUCUUAGCAUUGGCAUGCAUGAUUACAAAGGAAAAAGGUGUCGUUUACAUGGAGUGGGGGCUGGUGGAGAGUGAGGUGAAUGUGCCGUUUUGAAACCAAAGGACAAUAAGCGCUUCCUCUCUCCCCAUUCGAGACCCUCCCGCGGGCCCGGCGGCCGCCUCUGGACUGUCCGGAGAGAACAUGGCGGCCCCCGGAGCCCGGGGCUGCAGCCUCGCGGGUCUGCUCCCGGCGCAGACCUCGCUGGAGUACGCCCUGCUCGACGCCGUCACCCAGGAGGAGAAGGACAGCCUGGUCUACCAGUAUCUACAGAAGGUGGACGGCUGGGAGCAGGACUUGUCAGUGCCCGAGUUUCCGGAAGGAUUAGAAUGGCUGAACACAGAAGAGCCUAUUUCUGUCUACAAGGAUCUGUGUGGAAAAGUAGUCAUCCUUGAUUUCUUCACCUACUGCUGCAUAAACUGUAUUCAUCUAUUGCCUGAUCUUCAUGCAUUAGAACACACAUACUCUGAUAAAGAUGGUCUUCUGAUUGUUGGUGUUCACUCGGCUAAGUUUCCAAAUGAAAAAGUCCUGGAUAACAUUAAGAGCGCUGUUCUUCGAUACAACAUCACCCACCCUGUGGUUAAUGAUGCAGAUGCCAGUCUUUGGCAAGAACUAGAAAUUUCCUGCUGGCCAACUCUGGUCAUACUUGGACCCCGUGGAAAUAUGUUAUUUUCUUUGAUUGGAGAGGGACACAAAGAUAAAUUAUUUUUAUAUACUUCCAUAGCUUUAAAGUAUUACAAAGACAAGGGACAGAUCAGAGAUAAUAAAAUUGAAGUAAAACUCUAUAAAGAUUCUUUGCCACCUUCACCAUUGCUGUUCCCUGGCAAAGUAACAGUAGACCAUGUUUCUAAUAGAUUGGUAAUAGCAGACACUGGACAUCAUAGAAUUUUGGUCGUCUGGAAGAAUGGACAAAUUCAGUACAGCAUUGGAGGACCCAACCCUGGAAGAAAAGAUGGAAUAUUUUCAGAGUCAACUUUUAAUUCACCACAGGGUGUAGCCAUAAGGAAUAAUAUCAUCUACGUAGCAGAUACUGAAAACCACCUUAUAAGGAAGAUUGAUCUAGAAGCUGAGAUGGUGAGCACUGUAGCUGGCAUUGGAAUUCAAGGUACAGAUAAAGAAGGUGGAGCUCAGGGAGAAGAACAACCCAUUAGCUCUCCUUGGGAUGUAGUUUUUGGAACGUCAGGUUCAGAGGUCCAAACAGAUGACAUUCUGUGGAUAGCCAUGGCAGGGACUCAUCAGAUAUGGGCACUGCUACUGGACUGUGGCAGACUACCAAAGAAAAAUGAGCUGAAAAAAGGAACCUGCCUUCGGUUUGCUGGAAGCGGAAAUGAAGAGAACCGAAAUAAUGCAUAUCCUCACAAGGCAGGCUUUGCCCAGCCUUCAGGUCUCUCUCUGGCCCCCGGAGAUCCCUGGAGCUGCCUGUUUGUCGCAGACAGUGAGAGCAGCACGGUGAGAACGGUCUCGCUGAGAGACGGAGCCGUGAAGCACCUCGUGGGAGGAGAAAGAGAUCCCAUGAAUUUAUUUGCUUUUGGUGAUGUUGAUGGAGAAGGAAUCAAUGCCAAGCUUCAGCACCCACUUGGAGUAACUUGGGACAAGAAAAGGAAUCUACUUUAUGUGGCAGACUCUUAUAAUCACAAGAUUAAAGUUGUGGAUCCAAAAACAAAAAACUGCUCAACAUUAGCAGGAACCGGAGACGCAAGUAACGUUAUCACUUCCAGCUUUACCGAGUCAACUUUUAAUGAACCAGGAGGCUUGUGUAUUGGAGAGAAUGGCCAGUUAUAUGUAGCAGACACCAAUAAUCAUCAGAUUAAAGUGAUGGAUUUAGAAACAAAAACGAUUUCUGUGCUCCCAGUCUUCAGACCUGACAAUGCUGUGGUAGAUGGCCCAUUCCUGGUCGAGAAACGAAAGACAUUGCCCAAACUGCCUAAAUCUGCUCCAAACAUUAGACUUUCUCCAGUGGCUGCAUCACCAGGCCAGACUCUCCAGUUCAGACUAAGAUUAGACCUCCCAUCAGGAGCAGAGCUGACCGAAGGGGUACCCAGUUGUUGGUUUCUAACAGCUGAAGGCAAUGAAUGGCUUCUUCAAGGACAGAUACCCUCUGGAGAAAUAGAGAGCAUUUCCAGUCAACCAGCGAUCUCACUGCAGAUUCCUGGAGAUUGCUUGUCCCUUGAAGCCGUGAUAUCUAUCAGCGUGUUCCUUUAUUACUGUAGCGCAGACAGCAAUGCCUGUAUGAUGAAGGGAAUUUUGUUCAGUCAGCCUUUACAGAUAAGCCGUGCACACCAAGGGUGCAUCGCUCCAGUGGAGCUCAAGUAUGGAUUUUAACAAGCCAGUUAGCCACCCAGCCACUGUCCUCCAUCCUCAUCAUCACUGUAACUUAGGAAAAGCAGCUUUAUUUCUGCCUCUGGAUACCAAGGAACCCACUGCUCAGUUCUAGCAACUGGUUUUAAAAUAAAGCUAUGCUCCAUAUUUACUUAUCUAGUAUAAACAAAUUCCUUCAUUCUGGCUGUGUACCAGUUAAAUCACUGACCAUCAUUUGAACCAUGAUUUUGUAAUCCCUGCUGCUAUUUGGCACAAAACUUAAAUCCACACUGUAGUCUAGAAUAUUACCAUGAACAUAAUUCGCAGUGAAUACUGAUAAUGAAACCAAAUAUUUUAACUAACUUUUUCUACCUUUAUUAGUAUCAAGGAGCACAUUUGAAUAUACACAUUUCACAAUAACUUUAAACAGAACCCAAGAUCCAGGACACCUGCCAUUCAAAGCCUAAGGUCUGUUUAAGCCACAAAAAAAAAAAAAGUCUUUACAUCACAGUAGAAACAGAAUAUCUGGGUGGUAAAUAUGUUCUUUGUUCUCUUCUGUGAUUCUCUCAGUUGAGAGUGAUUUAAAAGAGAAUUUCUACUUUUAUUAUAAAUUGCUAUUUUAACAUACCAUGAUUAAUGCCUUAUAACUCUAUUCAGAAAAAGUAUGUCAGAGGAUGUACAGACUCCUUUGAGUCCCCAGAGAUACUAUAGUUUUCACAGAGAAAAGGACUUUGAGACCUAUUACUGUCUGUGAUACUAUUUACGAUAAAAAAUCAAUUGUGACAGCUGAAUCUGAGUCAAUGGGCAUAUAUGCUAUCUUAGAGGUUUAAAUUUCACUUAGAAGCACUAAGAUAUGCAGAUUGGUUGGGGUUUGGGUUUUUUGAUUCCUGUAUUCAGAACUUAAAUUAUGAUCAUUUAUUGUGAUGUUUUUAAAAAUCACUUUUAAGCCUUCAAAGAAAAUUUUAGUGUGAAGCACUUUCGUGCUAUUAAUAUGUAUAUAUAUUUAUUACUCUUUAAAAUAUUAGGGCUGAAACAUACAGGGAUUUAAUGACACUGGGGUUAUUUUUAACCCAUAAAGAAAUUGUCACUAGAAGAUACUGAAAGUUUUUUCUUUAUCAUUUCCCUUUAUAACUAUUUAAAAGCCUAUUCUUGGUUUUACUAUAAUUGAUUCAAUAUGUUUGUGAUUUAAGCAGCUUAUAGAAUUUUGAAAAUGUCAGGUAAACUAUAUUUAUCCAAUAAAUAUUUAUAGACAAGAUGGCAUAAUAUGUCUUUCCCUUCAAAAGCAAAUUAGAAGUGUGAUCUCUGGAGGACCAUCAUCUGCCCCUUUUUCUUUUUGAAAUAUUGUUUUGAACAUACUAGCUUUAUUUACUCAGGUUACCUAAACCUCUGAAGUAAGGAAGUAUGUAGUACUGACUUUGAUUCAAUUUGUAACCUGCUAAAGCUAUUUUUAAAGAGUUGUAUAAAUGUAAAGUUAAAAAGAAUCUUGUUUAAAAUUAUAUAUAAUUAACCUCAUAAACCUUUUCUUCCCACAAAAGAAUUCUGUAAUAAAGGGAUGUAUAACAUUAAUACUCUCUUUUACAGAGAAUAGGCUGAAGUCAUGUUUUAAUCUCAUUUGAAAUAUACUUCUCAUUUCCAGUUGGACAUGAUGAGAAUAUUUUCACUCCCUGGGAAAGAAGUAUAUGCAGUUUUAAUCUAAUUCAGAAAUACCUGAUAAUUAAUUUUUCAAUAUAAUAUGCAAACACACAUAUAGUUUUAUAUUAUGUUUCUCAGAAUCUAGUAAUAUUCUUUUUGUCUAGACAGUUUUCAGUUAGUAUUAAGCUUAUACUUUUCUUUGCAAAGUAUGGGUUAUUAAACAUUCUUAUUCUUACCCAGUCACCAGUCUGCGCCAUUUUACAUUAAAAAUAUUAUUUCUAUGGAUUUAGUAUGAUUUUUUGUAAAUCCUACUAAAGCAGUAUAAAUAGGUUCCUAGAACUUAUGACUAACAUAAACCUCUUACAUAAGAGGAAGCACUAGAAAGUUUUAUUUUUAAAAACUUGAUCCUUGGCUGGCUUCUGCUUUCUAUAAGGACUUCCAUAUUGUUUUUUUAACUUUUGCUUCUCUUCUUGUAUAAAUUAUGCCCAGUGAUAGUUUAAAAAGAGUAAGUAUAAGUCAUCUUAAAGUGCCAGUAAUGUGGCAUCACACACACUUUGACAUCAUUCCUAGAAUCUUGGACCUAAAUUAUUGUGCUGCUUUGUCACUUUUUCCACCACUCUUUGUGAUGUCCUUUCACAAGUGGUAGAACUUUCUUUCCCUGAAUUUAUACUCAGGAUUAGUAUGAUCCCUGAAAAGAAUUUUGCUUAUCUUAAAUAUGCUGCCUCAAGCAAAUAUUUAAUCUAUUCACAAGGAAAAACUUAACAGUUUAAUCACCCGUAAGUGUAACUUUGAUAAAGUUCAAUGACUACCAAACAAUUUUCUCCUUACCUGUUUUUUGGGGGGGGGGGGGGGCGGGUUCUGAACAAAAGUUUUUUUUUUAUGUUAUGUUAAUCCCCAUACAUUACAUUAUUUCUCCUUAACUGUUCUAAUACACUAUAGUUCUGGUAUUAUUGGGUCUGCAGAAAGCUAUAAUCUUAACACAGCCAAAAAAAAUUCCCAUGUGUGGAUGAGAGUAACACAGAUCAAGAAUCCCCACCUAAGUUUCUCUCACAGGCAGGAUAGUUUUGAGUUAAUAUCACUGAAAUAACCUACUCUCUGCUUGUUUUUCCAUGUUGGAAAAUUUAGGAAAAUAUUGAAAAUAUAUAUCAGUAAUAAUUUUCUGCCUGCACAAAAUUUAUUAGUUUAUUAUAUCUGCCAAUUAAAAAGACUUCAGUCUGACCAUUGUAUUUGGCAUCAUGUUUAAGAACAAUUAUCAGAAAAUUCCAUAGUUCACAAUUGCAUAAAAAUAUGUGGAGAGGAAUUAUGUCAACAGUGGUUCUCCUGAGUGAUGAAAUUAUGAAUAUUUUAAUUCUACUUGUAUUUUUUUUCAGUGAACAAUGUGUUAUUUUCAGAAAAAGAAAACUGGAAGCAAUUUUUAAAGAUCUAAAGUGAACUGAGUUAUAAGCACUGAUGUAACUUUUCUAAAGUCAUCCUUAUUACCAAGGAUCAGAACAUAGUUUGGAGCCCUUUGUUCUGUUGGUUCUCUUAAUUAUGUGAUUUGGUGAAGACAGAAAUGAUCAUGACUUUUUCUUCUGGGGGUUUUAUAGCGUAAUGUGGUAUAGUGGUUGAGAGCAUGUGCUUUGCAGGCUCUAGGAUUCUAACCGUAUACAGUGGGGCUCUUCUACCUGUUUUAUGGGGGUCACUGUAAGGCUUCAAUAGUGUUUGUAUUUAGUAAUUAAUGGAACUGCUAGUUAUUCACUUAGUUAAUAAUGAUAAUAAUUUAUGACCAUAAACACAUAGCUUGACAUUUUCUUUGCAACUACAAUUUCUAAAGGAAAAUAUUUCUCAGCCAACUAUUUGAUAAGUUAAUAAUCUCCAUGGAGCUGGGAUUCAGGAAGAGAAACGGUUUUAUAAUAAAGUAUAUUACUACUUUAUAAAUGAUGUUAUAGUUAGAAACCUACAGUUUUAUGAAAAUUUUCUUAAACAGACCCAGGACUACGAGUCAUAUACUUCCUUUGAGAGGGUCCAGACAGACUCACCCUACACCCCAUUCCUGUAACACACUGAUGGUGCUUUACAAAGUCUUCAAAGUGCCUUCAUGCAUUUUGCCUCAUUUGAGCUUCAAAGUAACCUAUGAAUCGGACAAGUAGAUGUUACAUCCAUUUUACAGAUGUGAAAAUGUGGGUGACAUAACUCAAGUUCUCAGAAUAAUGCCUGAUGCUGGAGUGGGGCCUGGCGUGGGCUGUUGCUCAGCCAAUUGCGUGGAGUGACUAAAAGGUGAAUAGUGAGUGACUUAUGUUUUAUCUGAAUAUAGGUCUCCUAAUUCCUACCUCUAUUCCUAGAUGGAGAGUGAAAACAAACUGCAGAAUUAAGAAAGAGUACGUACUUCUGUGAAUGCUUUCUUCAGCCUCUGUGAAGUAUUUAAAUAAAGUAAUACAAAUAGCUGAAUUUAUUGAGUGCUUACUAUGUGCCUGGCACUUUUCUAAGUGCUUUUUAUGCAUUAACUCAUUUAAUCCUUACAACAGCCUUCUGAGAGAGAUACUGUUUUUCCUUAUCUCCCCGAUGAUGAAACUGAAACAACAAAGUUCUAAGCAGUUACGUAGAUUCGAGAUCACACAUUUAGGAAGUGGCCGGGCCUGGAUGAGUCUGCUCCACUACCAUACUACUCUGCCUCUCCAGAGUCGGGGUUUUUUAGACCUCAGUCUUUCAAAGCUAUAUAUAGUAAAUAGUAAUCAAAGAAUCCAAAAAGUCCUAGUGAUGAUUGUUUUUUAAAUUUAAGUUAAAUCCAUUUAACUAUUAGCUCUUUGGACUUUUCAUUUUACCCUCUUAGGAACAGUCUGUAUACUUUUGUUUCCCAAAAGAUUUUAUGUACCAUUCUUUCUUAAAUUCGAAUAUUAUCCAGAAUUUUUCUUGGCAGACAGAUGUAUUAAAGAAUUAAGUAGAUUUUCAGUGUUAGUUCCAACAAUGCUAUUUUAAUUGGUCUUCAAAAGGUAAUUAUAAGACCUUGUCAUAAAGGAUAACUGAAUUUUUAGCACAAGGCUGUCUCAGACCCUAAACAUCUUCAUAUUUAAGAACAUUCUGUUUUUAAUAACUAAAGUGAGUUCUAGAAGCAUAAUAUUUGGCCAACCUGUUAACACACAUAAAGCACAUAAAGUUCUCUGCCUACUUGCUUCGUAAAUGACACUGGAAUGAGAACCUCCACCCCAGUGACUCAAAUAUAUGUGAUUCUAUUACAGUAAAGUUUUCACCAGGUCAGCCUAUUCUAGAGUUAGGUACUGACAGGAACGAAGUAAAAUUUUAUAUACCACUGUGGUUCAUGAUCAUCCAGGAACAAGAUUAUAAACAUCUUUUCAUUAGAUAGUCUGCUAAUUUAAUUAGAAUGUGUUAAUUGUUAUAAAAUCCCAUUCCUGAAACCCAUUAGGAAAUGUACAACUUAAAAAGUAACUAUUGUGUCAUACUUCAGAAGUAGAAUUCACUAUUAAUCACCAAGACUCCUCUUCCUCCUGGGGCACAUACAUAGUUUAUUUAAAUGAAUUCACGCUAACCAAAAGUCACUGUUUUGUCCUAAAUAAUUAGAAGUUUGUUUUCCCCAUUUCCUUGCAAUAGGAUAAUCUAAAAGAACAGUAUUACACAGUAGGGGCUUACUGAUCUGCCUGCAUGUGUUCCGUGACCAGGAAACCUUGGCCCUUCUCCACCAGACCUGCAGGUUCCCCUGGCUGCUUCUGGCCUCCCGGCAGCCAGUCUGACCACAGAGGGCCUGGGUACAGUGGACCAGGAGGCCGCGCUAGGCAGCUUUUCUGAUUGCAACCCUUCCAUUUUUCCGUGUGCUGAUUUGGUUUAAUUGUUUUCAAAGGUUAGAGCUGGAAAGUGAGAACUCUACAUCCUUGCUGUGGAAUGUUUGCCUAGAGUUCUCCACUGUCCGGUAUGUCCCUCUUCGAGGCAUGUCGCUCUCAAGUACACCAAGGGGUGUUUUGUUGUGUUGAGAGCCCCCAACCAAAAGGAAAGAAUCACAGGUAUUUCCAAAUAGGCCUCCCUGCCUGUACCAGCAACUGUGUCCUAAAAGACACUAAACGAACAUAAACUGAGGCCUUUUUGUGACUGUCAGGGCAUGGUACGAAUUCCUUCUUUUAGUAGCAACUGACAGAGCUGGUGUUUCUUAGUAAUACAGAGUGAAGCAAAAUCUGUUAAUGUUGAAACUUGAGACUGAAUGACAUGGACAAUUUAUUGCCUUUGGUUUUAAUAUACUUGGUUACAUACUAAGAUUUGAAAUACAGUGACAUGAGACCUCAAUGCUGAGAAGUAGGAAAAAAAAUCGGCCUUCAGAUUUAAAUAUGCCCAGUUUAGACAGUCUUUUUAUGAUUAUCUACCGUGCUAUGCUCAUGAGAAAUAUAUGCUAAAGUAUACAGGGCAAAACAGUUUGAUAAAGUAUGGUAAUGAAGGGUAAAAAUAGACAUGUUCCUAUCUGAAAAUGUAGAAGGACUCUGCCAUGUAACAAUCUUUUGUUAGAAUUUGUGGUCAUUACAAUCGUGCUGUGAGCAUCUACAGGAUGGGCUGCCUGCGCCGUUCAUUAUACCAUUCAAAACUAACGAGUUUUUGCUUGUAUAGGGUUGAAAUGUGCUGUUCAUGCAUGCCUAUGAUAUUCAUCAUCCAAAUUUACCUGUAAAACAUACAUUACCACUUCCUCUCCACACCUUAGACUUCCCUUUCUUUAAAAACAACAGUAGUUUCUGUAGAAGUUUCAGUGAGGAACUAUGGUUUCACAAAUAACAGAGCAGAUGGUUUUGUUGCAGUACAUUUUUUUUCUAGACUUCCUAAUGAGAUCUCAGUUUCCAGAGGAGAACAGUACUCCAUGUGAUUUAAAGAUUAAUUUCUCUCUAAUUUGCAAUAUACCUUCCUAAUAUUUUAGGAAUAUUUAGGUUAGUAUUUUUUUUAAAGAUUUGACGUUCCGUUAGGGCGCAUUGAGAACCAACUUAGAAAUGUUUUCGUUGCUGUGAUCACUUUACAUGUGGUUUAUAGACAAAUCAGAGUUUUCUGUGCGCUUGAGAUCUGUAUGUAUAAUACACUCCCAAAUUGUAACAUUUCAUAAAUUUGUGAAAUUUAGAGACUCAGACUCUGCUGUCUUUUGUGUGGAUAAAGUUGAUUUAUUUUUGAGAAUAGAGUUGGUCUGCUGUGCUGACUUCAUAUCUGUCAUUCCAAAGGUUUGAUUACAUUUAUUUUUUCCUCCAAAGAUAAAAAAUGCAAUGAAAUCCAAUUUAUAAUUUCAUAUACUGGUAUUUCCAUUCAUGCUCUAAUUCUAAAAAUUAAUGUGGUCUGCAUAUUUAAGUGUUUCAUGUAGACAGAUUACUAUAUUUUUACAACACUAUUUCUGCAUAUAUUUCAAGACUAUUUUCAGUGACUUUUUCAAGUACAUGUGUUAACAGAAGAUCAUAUAGAAUGAAUGUGUGCACCAGCCUUCAUUACCAACUCAAAAGAAGUGUAAUACGUGUGAUUAUAAAAGAAUGUAUUUAUACUGUACACUAAUGCCUAAUGCCUCUUUUCUAAAACUUUGCACUAUUUCAUGAAAUAGAUUAAAUAUUUUCU